UUUGGGGAAAUAUAAACACAAAACAACAAAACCCAGUUAUAUCAAUAAUAUCAAUCUUGGAUAUUGAGACAUAUUGAAUGGAUUUUUUAUUCAAACAUUCAGUACUUGAUAAUUAUUAUUCGAAAUUUUCCCAUCAAUAUUUUGGAUUUAACAGUAAAUAUAAUAUAUACAAUGAAUACUUCGAUCAAAAGAGUGAGAAUCAUGAUACUUGGAGAUUCGGGAGUAGGAAAAACUUCCCUAGUGAAUUUAAUCGCCCACAAUGAACCACUCAAAUCUCCUAGUUGGACAAUAGGAUGUUCAAUCGAAGUUAAAUUGCAUGAAUAUAAGGAAGGAACAAGAGAUCAAAAUACAUACUUCAUAGAAAUGUGGGAUAUCGGUGGAAGUAACAACCAUAGGAAUGAAAGACAUGUAUUUUAUAACCCUUGUCAUGGAAUUAUUUUAGUUCACGACUUUACCAACAAAAAAUCUGAGGAACAUUUGAAUGAAUGGUUACAAGAACUUGUAAGUCGUGAAGGAAACAAUACUUCUUUGACUUCCAUAACAAGUUUUGAUGAAUUUGACACUGAAAAUUACUUAGGGAGCAACCAAAUUCCUAUCUUAGUUGUUGGAACAAAAGUGGACCAAGCUAGUGAGAGAAAACCUAGUAACAGAACAUUUGCAAGCCAAAUAGGAGCAGAUGAGAUUUUGUUAGACAGCAGGCAAUCUAGAUACUUAGCUGCUGGGACAUCAAACGCUGUGAAACUUUCACGAUUCUUUGAUAGAGUGAUAGAUUAUAGUUGCAGGUCACAUGAAAGAUAUACUAACUCACUAUCAUCACCAAUUUACUCAUCAAAAUUUGUGAUACCCCAUCAAGAUUGAUUCAUGAAAUAUUUCUAAAAUUUAUUUAUGUAUAUAACUUAUUAUAAUAAAAUGUAUUUAUUUAUAAUGCAAUAAAGGAUCUCAUUUUAUAAUGGA